AUGGAGGAACGGGAGACAUCCGACGGUCCGGGAGGGCCUCAAGGCUUGAUCAGCGCCUCGUUCAACCAGGACACCACCUCUCUAUCAGUGGGCACUAAGUCAGGCUACAGACUCUUCUCUGUCACCUCAGUGGACAAGAUGGACUGCAUCCACGAAGGAGCGGAGUGUCCAGACGUGUACAUCGUGGAGCGGUUGUUCUCCAGCAGUCUGGUGGCGGUGGUCAGUCUCUCCAUGCCCCGACGUAUGAACGUCUACCACUUCAAAAGGGGAACAGAGAUCUGCAACUAUAGCUACUCUAACAACAUCCUCUCAGUCCGACUCAACAGACAGAGGCUGGUGGUGUGUCUGGAGGAGUCAGUGUACAUCCACAACAUCAAAGACAUGAAGCUGCUGAAGACGCUGCUCAACACGCCCCACAACCCCUCGGGUCUCUGUGCCCUCUCUGUGAACCAUGGUAACUCCUACCUGGCGUACCCUGGCAGUCAGACCAUCGGAGAGAUCAUGGUCUAUGACACCAACAACCUGAGCAAGGUGACGAUGAUCCCAGCCCAUGACAGUCCCCUGGCAGCCCUCACAUUCAACGCUUCAGGAACAAAACUGGCCAGUGCCUCCGAGAGGGGUACAGUGAUCAGAGUGUUCACCAUCCCAGAGGGACAGAGGCUGUUUGAGUUCCGUAGAGGGAUGAAGAGGUAUGUGAGUAUCAGCUCGUUGUCCUUUAGUUCAGACGCACAGUUCCUCUGUGCCUCCAGCAACACAGAGACGGUCCAUAUCUUCAAACUGGAACAGCACAGCCCCAGUCGAGAUGGCGAGUCUCCUACGUGGGGUGCCUACGUGGGGAAGAUGUUCACAGCAGCCAGCACCUACCUUCCCUCCCAGGUCUCUGACAUGAUGCACCAAGACCGGGCCUUUGCCACCGUACGACUCAACAUGUUCGGACUCAAGAACGUAUGCGCCUUGUCCACGGUUCAGAAGCUACCUCGUCUGCUGGUGGCAUCAUCAGAUGGACAUCUCUACAUCUAUAACAUUGACCCACAGGAUGGAGGAGAGUGUGUUCUGGUCAGGAAACACAGGCUAUUUGAAAGAGAUGAGGCGCCACAGGAAGCACAACCGGAAGAGGAGGAGUCAGAGGAUGGAAGGUCCCUCCCACCGUCAACCAGCCCAUCAUACGCUGCCACUGUGUCCCUCCCCUCGACCCCACCUUCUUCUACCACUCUCACAGGCUACUCAGAGGAUGGAGGGGCUGAGAAAGGGGAUGUGAUCCCUGAACAUGAGUUUGCCGAGGGACCCGUCUGUCUGGAUGACGAGAACGAGUUUCCUCCCGUCAGCAAACAGACCAACUGACCCACCACUUCCCUGGAACCAAUCAACUGGAGCCAUUAUGACCCGCCACUUCCCAGGAACCAAUCAACUAGAGCCAUUCACGCAAGAAGGAAGUAUAUCAGUGUUAAGAGAACCCCCCACCCCAUGUCCCCAACGAGCCAAUCAAAUGGGAGAAAUGUAGAUGCCACAGUGUUGAUUGGUUACUCUAAUGUGCCAUUCAGAAGUAGAGUGUGGCUAGAUAGUAGACCCGUCUCUGUACAUUGUCUCAUACCUGGCCCUAAAGGUCAUUAUGAAUACAAUUUAAAUCCAUUCCCUAACUAUCAGAAGGGAAGCAGGUCUGGGCUAUGAAUUUGUAGCCUUCCUCUAGUCUAAUAUUAACCAAUAUUUAACCUGGUUAAAAAGGAACUUUAAUAUUGAAUUGCAAUCAUAUAGCGCUAUUGAGAAGUGCUCUGAGCGCUUAACCAUUCAGUUGUACUUUUAUAACCUGUUUAGUAUAGUGAUUUAUAACACUGACUGGAUAGUGAGGUCCGAGUCCUAUUCUGCUGCUUGAUGCAUAUUGGCUAGAACCCAGUGUAGGGUGGAAGAGGGCAGAGAGGGGCACAGACAGACUGCGUCUUAUCAGUGGGCUAUAGCUGUGCCACGCCCUGAGAGAGAAGAGGGGGGAGGGAGAGAGAGGAUGGUGGAAUAGAGAAGGAGAGAGAGGGGAUGGUGGAAUAGAGAAGGAGAGAGAGGACGUUCUAUCAUAUGUCUUGAGGUGAUGUUUUUGAACUUAUCUCUAGAAAAAAGGUGGGAAGAAUAAUAUACACAUACUGAUAAUGUGAAAAACUUGAUUUAUAGUAUUGUAGAUUCUUACAGGUCCUUUUAUUUCAGUGAUAAUAUUAUUAACACCAUUGACUAAAUAAUGUUGAAUAUUGUACAAUUUCAUACAUGACAUAGAUGUUUUUACUUUGUAAAAAAUUAUGUUGACUUGUACUAAAUAUUAUUUUGGAAUAUGAAAUUAGAAUUAUUCAUCAAUGCAUUAGACCUACAGUAAUUAAGUGAAGGUUUUGGCGGAAAGUGGAUUUUUAUUGUUUGUGUAUAAUGUGUAUGUAUAUAUGUGUGUGUGUGUGUGUGUAUAUAUAGUUGAAGUUGGAAGUUUACAUACACUUAGGUUGGAGUCAUUAAAAGUUUUUC